ACUCGAAGACAAGAAACACAAAAACAAAUGGUGGACCGCUAUCACUCCUAGAAAUGGCAGAAAAUCCCCCCAAGAUAAAGACUGUGAUCACUGCAGAUGAAAGGCUGAGAAAGCUGAAGAGUGAAUUUGAAGCAAAGUACGGAGAGUCACCUAUGUUCUAUGCAUGUGCUCCAGGAAGAGUCAAUCUGAUAGGAGAGCACAUUGAUUACUGUGGAUAUUCUGUGCUUCCAAUGGCUAUAGAGCAGAAUAUCUUGGCAGCUGUGUCAGUGAACAAAACAGGGACGAUUCAGCUGGCCAACACGAAUCCUCAGUACAAGGAUUUCACUGUGUCAUGUUCAGAAGAAAUCACCAUCGAUCGAAACAAUCCACUGUGGUAUUAUUACUUCCUCUGCGGAGUUAAAGGAAUACAGGAAAAGUUUGGAAUUGCAUGUUUGUCUGGGAUGUCGUGUGUUGUUGAGGGAACAAUUCCUCCAAGUUCUGGUCUUUCCAGUUCUAGUGCCUUAGUGUGUUGUGCUGGCCUUGUAACAAUGGAGGCAAAUCAGAAAUCCCUGUCUAAGGUAGAGCUUGCUGAGAUAUGUGCUAAAUGUGAGCGUUAUAUUGGUACUGAGGGUGGCGGCAUGGAUCAGUCCAUCUCAUUCCUGGCUGAAAAGGGAACUGCAAAGCUGAUAGACUUCCAGCCUCUGCGAGCAACUGAUGUCCAGCUUCCUGACAAGGCUGUGUUUGUGAUCUCCAACUGCUGCGUUGAGAUGAACAAAGCUGCUUCUUCUCACUUCAAUAUCCGUGUGGUGGAGUGUCGAAUUGCCACAAAGAUGUUGGCCCAGGCCAGGGGUGUGGACCCCAGUGGGUUGUUGAAGUUGGUCCAGGUUCAGACGUCACUAAAUGCCUCCUUGGAGGAGAUGUUGGCUCUGGUGGAUGAAGCCUUGCACCCUGAACCAUACAGUCGAGAGGAACUCUGCACAGUGCUGAAAAUCACCCCAGAACAGUUCUCCACAGAGCUGCUGAGCUCCAACACUCAGCAUGUGACACACUUUAAGCUGCACCAGCGUGCCAAGCAUGUGUACGGUGAAGCGGCACGUGUGCAGCAGUUUAAAAAGGUCUGUGACUCCAAACCUGCUGGGUGCAUACAUCAACUGGGAGAGCUGAUGAACCAGAGCCAUGCAAGCUGUAGGGACCUGUACGAGUGCAGCUGUCCUGAGCUGGACCAGUUGGUGGACAUCUGUCUGAAGUCUGGAGCAGCAGGGUCCCGACUGACAGGAGCUGGUUGGGGUGGCUGUGCCGUCUCCAUGGUUCCUAGUGAGAAGGUGGAGGCUUUCCUACGAGCAGUUAGAGAAGCGUACUAUCUCCCUGAUGCACGCAGAGCAGCCAUGGAAAAACAAAGCCUGUUUGUAUCAAAGCCUGGUGGAGGAGCUGCAGUGUUUCUAGAAGGAUAAAAUGCAUCAGAAUUAUAACAUUACUGAAACAAGAUGACGACCACUGGGGAAAUCAAAGCUGUUGAGUUUACUAACAGAUGAUCAGAGAAAAAAGGUCCAAAUGUACUGUACUAAUUUAUCAAGUCUCACAUAGGAAUCAUUGGGGGGAGGGGUGUUGUACGAUUUUUGUAUGGCUGUCUGACUCUGACUUUUUCAUAAAUAUAUACACUAAAGAAUCAGCAUAAAUAAUCGCAAUCAUAAGGCAUUAAAAUAUGAAAGGAAAUAA